GCCAGAGGGACUUCUGUGAGCCGGCAAAGGUAAGAGGAGCACAGGGCAUCCUUAGAACGGCGUCAGUCAUCAUAUUUGGCUGCUCUGUUCAGAUCUCCAGAAGAACUUGACCUCAUUUUGUAGCAUUAGCCUUGGAAAUGCUGCAUUUUCCUCUGUUGUUAAAUUUACUGUGGUUGUUUUUAUAUAACUUUUCUUCGCUUCAGAAGCUGGGAAGCGUGAAAAAUGCUUCUGUCUGAGUGAGUGCUGCAGCCUAUGAAGAUCAAACAUGGUGCUGCUCCUUGGAGUGCUCUGGGUUUUCUUGUUCUGGGGUUUGGUAUGUGUAAUGCAGUGAAUGAUGAAGGAAGAGGCUGGUGUGUGCAGCCUGAUAUCAGGGAGAUGUUGAACCGGCAGCUUUUUAAAUAUGAUGUUUUGCAGUUCUGACUGUGCAAAAUGUAUUGUUAGGAAGUAGUAAACAAACUGCAGAUUCAAAUUUUACUUCAGGUGAAAAAACGAGCAAACAGCUUCCCAUGGAGUCUGUGACCUUCAGAAAUGAAUAAGUAGUUUUCUUUGGUCUCGGUUAGCCCUGUAGCCAGGUGCAGCUGUGUCACAAGCCUGAGUUAACAGUGAGAUGUAUUUAUUAAAUACUGAGGAGGAAACAGUUAGGACUUUAAGACUGAUCUCUGGUGCAAAUAGAAGAUAAUUCUUUUCAAGUUGCUGCAAUUAGCUUCCUCUUGCAUUGUGACUCCAGCAUUUGGAAAACAAAACAAAACAAAACAAAAAAGCAGAAAUAUGGGAUGGCGAUGUUAUGCCUUUGGCAUAGAUGGAUGUUGGCCUGAGAUUUGUUAUCUGCAGAAGACCUUGAGAAAUUGUAUUGUGUUGUGGUUGUGCUGGAAGCACGUAUGUCUAAUCACAUUUGUUUAACACACUCGCUAUAUUCCACUGGGAAGAUCCGGAUCUCCUAUGCUGGGAUGUGUACUUACUGCCUUCAUCAAUGUCCAUCACUCAAGUGAUGCACAGGUGGCUCUUGAGCACAGCUAUGUUGGAAAUGCAGAGAUGAAGUGCUUUGGACAACAGUGAAGACAGAGGACAGUAAGAAAGAAUGUUGUUUAUUUACUUUCCACGUUUCAUUUUGAUAGAUCUGUGUACUUUGCAUCCUGGCACCUGCAACAUUAGGCUAAGUGAUCACCUUGAGAGCUGGAGAGAGAAAUAAUUAGAACAGGGUACCGCGUUCUUGCCUUCUGCAUCAGAUCUGGGCAGUUUACUGUCACUGUAGUUGGGAGAGGCUUUUGACGUUGGGUAAUGGAGAUGCUGCCAGCAAUAUGUGCGCUACCAUCGGUGCGAUGUGACUCUAGGUGGAGUUCCAAAUCAGGAAUCAUAGUUUUCUUAAUGGAAAUACUGAAAGGAGAGUGCUGACUUCAGUAUCUACUUAAUACAGUGUUUGGUAUGGACCAGGACUCUGCUCCCUUUUUCUGCUGGGUACCCGCCCUUUCCUCCCUUCAGUGCAGCCAUCUCAUUGUAGUCACACUGCGUGCACUUUCCUUUCAGAUGCCAGAAGGCACGUGCCUCAUGCUAGUCCAUUCCCUGUGCUGCAGAGGCUGUCCUUCCUACGUUGCUGCUUCUCGCGUGUUAAGUUUGCUGCUUCGAGCAACCUUACGGGUUAGGUGUGGGAGUGCCUUUGCAGCAGUCAGGGCUGAACAGAAGGCUGUGUUUGAUCGGGAAAGGAAUCUCUGGGGCCAACUCUUUUGCAUAGCUCUCUAGCAAGUGUAAUAUUAGCUGUGUGUAUGUUACAUUAGAAAGGCUUAAGUAAGGGAACAGUAUGUCUAGAGAUUGUAUGUGGGGAUGACAGAGAAAUGUGUUCACAGGAAACAUGAAUCCUGCUGUUGUGAAAUAUUUAUAUUUUACUAUAUAAUGUUAUUUGAAUCAACUUUGAAAUAUUGCUUACAGUCACACUCUGUGUUGUAUCUGCAGAAAAUACAACUGAAAAGUAAAAAGAAGCGACGGUUGUGCUCAAAUACACAGGGGCCUGUUAGACUAAGUGUGGUGGUGACUUGCAUGUUAGCUUUUAGCAGAGAAAAGCCCCUUGAGAAGGGGUGAGUCCUGCUCUCAGUGCAGCAGUUUCGUGCAGAGUGGUCAUGGAGAGAUGUUUGUUCUCCCACACUCCAGACGUGGGUUUGCUCAGCUGCUUUACAUGUCAAAUUUAACUUCCAAUCUGAACAGUCAACUCUUUUCUUUAUUAAUGAAUAUGUAAGAUGCAGUAAUGAUCUGUAUUUAUCAGUUAGCAGCUUCAAGUGCGAGAAAAAUAAACAAUACUCUCUGGGAAGUGCUAACAGUCAUUUUGUCUGUAAGUUAAUGAGAUGUGAUUUGAACAUCCUGGGGAAACCAGAAUGUGUUUAUAAAGGGAAGGGGGAAAAAUCAUUUUACGUAGUUAUUUUCAGAUCAAAGCUUGUGUAAACUUGUUUCUAAAUCUAUCCUCUCCUCCCAGUCCCUACACUUAACUUUUCGUUCAGCGUUACCUCAUUUCCUAUUCUUAUUAUUGUAACUUCUGGCCUGAUUGGCAGUCUGCACUUGAUUAAAAGUCUGCAGCUGCUAAAAUAAGCAUCCAUUAAUGUUAUUCUGGCCAUAUUUUUACCACGUCGUCCUCUUUCACCUCAAAAAUCAGGUUCCUGCAAGUCCCUGCAUAUAUUUCAGUUCCUUCCUAUUUUUCUGUUCAGAUUGUGUUAUUCAUUCCCGUGGACCUGCCUUGCCCAUAAUGCCAUCAUUGUUGUCCUGUUUAUACAGCUAGCACUGCUCAUUUUCUUACUGAGUAAUCUGUAGCUUUGGGAAGCCAUUCCUGAAUUGGACCACCAGGCUUUAUCUUUUUGCAUUCAAAAAUUUACUUUCUAAAAAUGUUGUAAAAUCAAGGUCAAGAAGGGGAGGUCUUUGUCAGCCAGUGGGUUUUAAAAAGAGCAGAAGGCAGCAUGGGCGUAUUCUAAAAUGUUGCUCUGCUGAGGUUGGUGGCUCACCCUCCUGCCCCUUCCUGGUGAUCUGCCAUCUCCUCCCCUCUCUGCAGCAUGCGGAUGCGCUGGCUGCGCAGGAAUGCUGAGAGCCACGUGUUGCUCCGGGUUGGCAGAGGUAAUGUGAGUGCAAAUGUUUUAGUAAUCAUCACUCGUCAUUGUUUAACUGCUAUGAGUAAGGUGUAAAGCCAUUUCCUCUUGGUGUUACCUGUGCUGGUUCCUUGCUCCAGUUGUUAUCUUAGGUGGGCAAAGAGAUUGAAUUUCCUUACUGUAUUUUUUCAGGGCCACUUUUCAUUUUUGUUUUCUUAUUGCAUUUCUUUCCCUAUAGCCAGGAUGUUCUUCUCAGCAUCUUAAGGAUUAAUCACCUGUAAGCAAAUAUUUUUUAUGUCUUUCAGAAAUCCUAAUUAUGAUCUAACCAUUGAGCUGCAGGAAAAUACACAGCAAGACUUCCUUGAGCUAUCCAUCUGUUCUUAUGCUUUCCUUAGCCAGUUUUGAGUGUGUUUGGAUUUAGGCACUGCUCAAAACAGUUUCUGACAAUGAUGACUAGCAGUUCUUUGUGAAUAAGUAAAACGCAAAGCUGCUGUAGUUCCUGAAGUUUUGGUCAGCCUAUAAAAUCCUGCAGGAUAAUUGCACAGUGUGUCAUAAGGAAUCAUGCUGGACCUGUUCUUCAUUGUUUUUCCUUUGUAUUCUUAUUGGCAGCAAGGCCAAGGCAGGUGUUUUACAUAGCACAGGAACAUGUGUGCAUACUGGGCACUUACUGAGGGAGGUGGCAGGCUGUAGUUCUCUCUUCUUUGAGUCCACAUGUGCGUGAUCUGCCGUGUUUCUAGGGAUGGUUCAGUGCAGCAGUAUUUGCCUCUUCUGUUGGUCUUCAGUCUAGAGGUGAAUGAACAGAAAUCUUCUCCCUUACCUCUGCUAUUACAUCUAGAUCAUGAGGCAGCCUAGACACAGAUCUGCAAUGAUAUAAACAUACAUUUUGCCAUGAAUAGUGAACCGAAGAGUUGGUACUAUAAAAUGUGUGGCAAUUUUGCAGCAGACUGAUAAAAAGGGAUAUAGGCCUAAGCCUUUAUUACCUUCCUAGACGCAUCAGAAGGUGUAAUAAGUGGUUGUGGAGUCUCCAUCCUGGGAAAUGCUCAGAAACCACCUAGCAGUCUGUAUUAGGUGGAAAUCUGGACAACCUCAACCAGUCUGUGAAUUUGUAACAUCCUAUAAGAAGCAAAGCAUUAGAAAAAAAACUGCCUUAGCCAUAGGUCAUAAAUGACUUACUACACUACCAGAGUAAUUUCUAGUAUUUUUUUUUUCCCCAUAAUUCAAGACCCACAAUAGAUAUUGCAGUAUUCUUUGUCUUUAUAAUGUUCCUACAGGAUCCAGUUCACUGCUACUCUCCUGACAGUAGGGCUGGUAGUACCUUGACUCAGACAUUUUCUGAAGAAUCACGUGCUGCAUGUUAUAUACAGGGGAGGUGACAUAUGACUAUUGACUGCCAAUGGCAUUUAGUUUAAUAUGUUGAGUGUACCUCUCAGUAAUUCAUAAUGUGUAUAUGCAUCUUCCCUAUACCUCACAGGGAUUCUAUGCAUGGUUUCAUAAAAACAAGUAUAUUUAUGUGGUUUAAUGCAAGUGUAAAAUCAUAUUGUGGCCUAAUGGAAGUCACUUUUUGCACUGUGCAAAUAGUGAAGUAGAGGGAAGUGAGGGAAAACAUGGGGCCAAAUGUAGGUAAUUACGAGAAACUGAGGUUAACACCUCUGUUUUUGUAUCAAGAGUUGUGCUUUUUCUGUAGCUGUUUCUUGUCAGGUUCUUAGUCUCAUACCUCUUGAAGACACACUCUCUAUGAAGUGCAGGACUCCUGGAACUAAUGUGAAUUUUGGGUUUGUUCCUAAUGCAGCAGAAACUGCAGCAGCAUCUGGAAUACUGAUUCUGCUCCAUGUGACAUGUGGUUGGUUGUACAGAUGUUGGUCUUCUACUGUUUUGACUCCUCAAAAUAAGAGGUGUUUCCACCCCAGUACGUUUGUGGUAACAAGAAAGAUAAAAAUAAACUUAAAGAAUAAUUUGUUGUCAGUGAUCUCUCACCCCUUUGGUGCAGAUAUCUUCCUGCUCGUAGAAUUUUUUGAAUCUCAAGGGACUUGGUCCUGAACUUUAUCAAGAUGCAUUUAUUCUAAAUCUGCUUAGUGCAAUUUGCCAUCUGUUUGGUUUCAGAAAGAAAAAUGAUAUACAGUAUUCCACACUGGCAUAUGCAGGAAUAAGCUCAUUGGAAAUGUGAGAAUUUAGUAAGGUCCAUUCACCAGCUGUGGUUUACAGCAAAGUAGGAAGGAAGAAAAACCAACAAACUCCUUUUCUCUGGCAUUUGGUUUCUCCAUCAGUAGCAAACCAUGAACGAAUUUCGUGCAGAAUGGAGCGUAACACUGCAGAGGUGCCUGUGACCCAGCUGCUCCAAACACAAGAGAAAAUGUCCUCUUCCAAGUAACAGAAGUUGUAAUUUGCCCCAGCAGAUGUGACUGAACCCUUAAUGGGGGCCACAGAGCACAUGGCUGCCAUUAGAUCACGGACUUGUGACUUUUUGAAAAGGUUGUAUAUUAAGAGGAAGGAACUCCUAGCCUUUUAUUUCUUUUGCUGGGGCUAAAAAUCGGUCAUCAGUGUUUCUUGUUUACAAUACUACUCUAAAAUGGACAUCAGCUGACGGAGAUCAGUUUCACUGAUUUGUAUCUGCUGUGAUUAUUUUUAGAACUACAUCUUGGCAUUUCUGUGAGUAGUUCUUCCAGGCUUACAAGAGUGGAAUCACAAAAUAUCUGUUCCCUUUAUCGAAGCGUUUUUAAAAAUUCAUUAGAGCCGAGAGCAACAAAAAGUGAAGUCUUCUGGUACAGAACCUCUCAUAAGGGACAUCUGAGAUAAUGACUGUUUGCAUGGGAGACUGGAUCAAUUUUAACACUCGAGUAUGAUAUUUUCCAAAAGAAUUUUGAUCCUGUUUUAUAGGCUCUCCAGUUCCAAGAUCCACUGUUUCUUUAAUCUUUGUUUUGAUUUCCGGAGAUCUCAAGGGCUGUUCUGCUUGUCUGCAUCCACUUGUGAGUAUUCUUUUUUCCCUUAAAGCCUACCUUUUUGGCACAGAAAAUAGAAUUUUAAAAGUGCCUUAAAACAACCUUUCAAUUUGGUGUUCAGAGCCACUACUGAGCAUAUCGAGGUGGGAAGUAAAUAGCUUUUUAUCCAGUUGAAAAUACAAGGAGACUCAGGAGAGUUCAAAAGUAAUUACCUACCCCAAGCACAUAGUUACUAGCUUUAAUAAACACCAAACAUGUUGUGGGAGUUCAGAGGACGAGCAGUGAGGCCUCACUUGCUGCCUCCGCCCAGGGCAGCAGCUCCGUGCCUCACCAUGGCCCCACAGCCUUGGCUGGGAGGGUGCAGGCCGGUCCCAUGGGUUGCGGUGCAGGCUCAGGCCUAACCAGGUGCUGUAAGCUGGCAGACAUGGUCAGCAUGAAAGGCUGUCUUUCUUUUUUCUCCACUCUGAUCUUUAUUCUCAUGAGAUGUUUUAAUUACAGGUCUGUUUAGUAAGAAGUCUCGUGUCUAUCACUGCAGACUGCUGUCCCGACACUACUGCCUGAGGCACAGGUUUCUGUCCCCUGCUGUGGCCCUCCUGCAGCACCCGCAGCACACCUGUGUGUGCCCUGUGCCAGCACUCUGUCACAUCUCCAGGCAGGGAAUCCAAGGCAUACAACUUUCUGGUGGUAUUAUUUGCACUGCUUUAACUACAGCAGGGUGGGACAAAUGCCCACAUUUUUUAGCAAUUAGUUUAUACUGCUGCGCAGUGCUCAGUCACUGGGACUGAUGACUAAUGGCACCUCGGGAGCUGCCCAGAGACCUUCCAGGGCUGCUCUCUGCUCUUACGGUCCCCAUUCCCUUCUCACCUUCCCUAUGUACUUCUAUACCAAGUAGCACAGUGCUUUGCAGUCACGCUUUUAAAGCUCUACACGAGGGUGGAGGGAGCAGGAGCAGAGUGUCUCCCUGAGGUAGACCUGUUUGGAGUGCUGCUGUUUGCCUCAGCCAGCCGCCCAGUUUGUUCUCAAAGAAUCAAACAAAAAAUGAGCAGAGAAAAACUUUGUAAAAUCCUGAAGUGGUUUCUGUAGAAGUGUGACACGUCUGAAAUGAACUCUCGUGUCUAAUCUUCAGCAAAGCCAAAAGGCAAAACCAUAGAUUCUGUAUGGGCAGUGAUUGUGGAAUGGGCAUGUAGGAAUGCUUACACAGAAGGGAAGACCUGAUGGAGGUUUGAUGGGGAGGAGGAGAAAGCAGCAGGUCCUCUGUGACUCAGCCUGCUGGGUGGCUCGGUGCCAGAGCAGCCUCCAGCUCCCCGCUGGUGGAGGGCCGGUAGGCCUGCCUGUUUGUACUGACUCAGGGUAGUACCAAACUGUAUUGCAAGGGAGAAUUUCUGAUUGGACUGUAAUGCCUAUUUAUAUACAAACAUUGACCAUUACAAUAUUUUGUUUACCAGCAUACUUUCAGGACAGAUCGCCAGUCAUCCUCAAUCGAUAACGCGUCACAGCACUUCCUGGCGUGCUGAGGGACCUGACUGUGCUGAGUCUUCCCUUCCCAAAGUCCCAGUUCAGAUCCAGAACAGAGCUCCUCCAUACAGCCCUUUGCUUUUUAAUUGGAAAAAGCUGCUCUUGUUCAUCCAGAGUGAUGUCCACACAGAUUGAACGACUGGAAGUCAGCAGCCUAGCGCAGACCUCCAGUGCAGUGGCCUCAAGCACUGAUGGCAGCAUCAACGCAGACUCCGUUGAUGGCACCCCAGAUCCUCAGCGUACAAAAGCAGCCAUCACACACCUGCAGCAGAAGAUACUGAAAUUGACUGAGCAGAUCAAAAUUGAACAAACAGCCCGUGAUGACAAUGUGGCAGAGUACCUGAAGCUAGCCAACAACGCAGACAAGCAGCAGAGUGCCCGCAUUAAGCAAGUGUUUGAGAAGAAAAAUCAAAAGUCUGCCCAGACGAUCUUGCAGCUGCAGAAGAAGCUAGAACAUUACCAUCGAAAGCUGCGAGAAAUUGAACAAAAUGGAAUCCCUCGGCAGCCAAAGGAUGUCUUCAGGGAUAUGCACCAGGGAUUGAAAGAUGUUGGAGCGAAAGUCACUGGUUUCAGUGAGGGAGUAGUAGACAGUGUUAAAGGUGGGCUUUCCAGUUUCUCCCAAGCCACGCAUUCAGCAGCGGGAGCUGUGGUUUCCAAACCCCGGGAGAUUGCCUCUCUCAUCAGGAACAAGUUUGGGAGUGCAGACAAUAUUGCUAGUCUGAAAGACUCCUUAGAAGAAGGCCAGGAAGAUGGGACAGGAGGCAAGGCUCUAGGUGUUAUCCAGAACUUUCAGUCAAGUCCAAAAUAUGGCAGUGAAGAGGACUGCUCCAGUGCUACGUCAGGCUCAGUGGGAGCCAACAGCACAACAGGGGGCCCUGUGGGAGCUUCCAGCUCCAAAACAAACACUCUGGAUAUGCAGAGCUCAGGGUUUGAUGCAAUACUACAUGAGAUUCAAGAAAUUCGAGAGACACAGGCAAGACUGGAAGAGUCAUUCGAGGACCUUAAGGUGCGCUAUCAGAGGGAUUACUCAUUAAUAAUGCAGACUUUGCAGGAGGAGCGGUACAGAUGCGAAAGACUCGAAGAGCAGCUAAAUGACCUGACUGAGCUCCAUCAGAAUGAGAUCCUGAAUCUGAAACAGGAGCUGGCCAGCAUGGAAGAGAAAAUUGCCUAUCAGUCUUAUGAGCGAGCCCGGGACAUCCAGGAGGCCCUGGAAGCAUGCCAGACCCGCAUCUCCAAGAUGGAGCUACAGCAGCAGCAGCAGCAGGUGGUGCAGCUGGAGGGUCUGGAGAAUGCCACAGCCAGGAACCUGCUGGGGAAGUUCAUCAAUAUCCUUCUGGCUGUCAUGGCUGUCCUCCUUGUCUUCGUCUCCACUGUGGCCAACUGCGUCGUGCCCCUCAUGAAAACUCGCAAUAGGACGUUCAGCACUUUAUUCAUAGUGGUUUUCAUUGCCUUUUUGUGGAAGCACUGGGAUGCCAUCUCUGGCUACUUGGAACGGUUCUUGUCUCCCCCCAGAUGAUGCCAUGAGGAAUCGGCUGCAUCGCCCCCCUCCCAGCACGCUCGGUGAGCAAGCGUGGCAAAGAUUAGUCAGCAACUACUCCGCUGAAGUUUUAAAGUGUCUGAGUGAAUUUGUUUACAUUUAGAAUAACGUUUUUUCUCUGCGAGAUGCAUUGCAAUAGUAUUUUUUAGAUUUUAUUCAAGAACUCUUUUUGGCGAGAAUCCCAGAUAAUUUUUAUGUAGCAUGGUUCUCUUUGGAUGCAAAUCUUAAGAUUCUUUAAAGUGUACAAAAUAAGUAAAAUACAGAAAUUUGGAGCAUACCAAUGGGCAAUUUAAACUGUGGCUUGAACUACUGUACUAAACCUGUCAGGAAGAGGAAAAUGUGAGUAACUUAAGAUGAGCAAAACUAAAUGUAGUGCACACAGCCUUGAGGGAUGGUACCACAGCAAACCUGUAACACUAAACUUUUACUGUGAAGCCUGCUCACAUUCCAUGUCCAAAUGUAUGGGUUCGGAGUGGUUUCUUAACAGGAAAACAAAACAACGUGUGGAUCUCUUUCCCGACUCAGCGUCUGGGUUCGCCGUUUGUGCUAACCUGACUGAACAAUGACUUUCUGUAAGGCUGGUUAACCUUGUUAAGUGUAUGAAGUGGAAGCCUCAUGCCAUAUACAGUAACUGCACAGUUGUGCUACAGUAUUUUGAAGUAGUCCUUGAAACACUUACCUUUAAGCAAAGCCCUUGGUCGCACUUUUAAGGUUUUUUUUAAUGUAUGUAUAUUCACAGAUUAAAAAAAAAAAUCCAAACAGCAUACUUGAAGAGUGUUAUACUCAAACUCUCAGUGCUUCCUUAUCGUUUCUAAUAGGAUUUUUUAUUAUUAUUAUUAUUAUUAUUAUUAUUGGGUUGUUGGUGGUUUUUUUGUUGGUUUUUUUUUUUGUUGUUGUUGUUGAAGGGGUUGGGAGGGUCAUUGUUUUGGUGUUUUUUUUUUUUCCUUUUAAAUAAAGAAGUGAUGUUUUUAAAUGAAGAAAUGUGUGAAUAAUUGUGAGCUGUCUUGUCCAGAAACAGUUUUGAGGAGGGCAGACGGUAGUUUCUAGUGCCAGCCUGUCUGGAGCACAGUGCUGUUCAUAUGCCAUUUCUGUCCUCCUGUGCACACAGGUGCAGCAGAAGGAAGAACAUCCAUCCUCUCCGCACAUUCUUGUCAGGCAGGUGUUUGUUUUUUUUCCUUUUUCCAAAUGUGAAAGAAAAUAUGUUUCUAUUUCUCACUUCAACAGCAUCUCUCAUUCCUGGCCUUGGGUUAAGAAUAGGGAAUUUCUUUGCAUACCUUCCUAUGCAACAGAUUCUUUGAAGAAAAGAAAUGCUGAAUCAACAGUCUGCUCACAGGAAUGAUUGCCUCAGAAAUAUCCCUAAUUCAGUUUUUAAAUGAACUCCUAAAGAGUGAAACCAAAGUUUUCCUCCUGUCAGGCUCUAAUCAGAUCAUCGGUGUAGAGAUUUUGUAGACUGUAUCUGUGUAGUGUGCCAUAGACAGCAUCCUCUUCUUUGCCUGUGAGGUCAAGCACUUGCUGUAGGUACCUUUUCAAAGCUCUAAAGGAAAUGUCAGCUUCAGCCAUAACCUCACAGGCCCAGUGAUGCUGCUGUUGCUGAUGGAUGUUGGUACUGGCAGGCAAGGCUGCAUGUCCAAGGAAUGUGGAUUCACUCUUGUUUUUUUUAAGUUUGGAGCCCCUUUCCAGCAUAACAGUGUCAAGAUACAGCUUCCAUCUCCAUGAAAUGCUAACAGACUCCAGGAGUCUUUCAGCACCAUUUGUGGUGUUCAGAUGUUGCUGUUUUUCUUCCCUCCAGGUUUAUGUUCUCUCUAGGAACUAAAUGUUGCUCAGGUGACCUAGACCAGUUGAGAUCAUACAUAUACAUACACGGAACAUGUGCAUUAUAUAUACUAUAUUUGUAUAUGUGUGUAUGUACAUAUGUAUAUAUAUAUAUGUGUAUGUGUGUAUAUAUAUAUAUAUAUAUAUAAUAUAUAUGCCGUGAUGCAAAUUCUGGACUCUUUAGAAAUUCCCCUGAACUAGGUUAACUGACUGCUGGCUGAUGCAAGCCCUCCACAGCUCACCCAUUCUUCAGAGAUUCUUUUUUUUUUCUAUACUCACAAAAAACUCAGGUACCCCUCCAGGGAUCCCAGCACGCCUGCCUUUGUCACCAUAUGCACUAAUCUGCUCUUAUCAUACUUAAAAUGCAAAUUGCCAAUUGCAACUUCCUCAAGCCAAAAAGAAUCAUUCUUCUCACAGAGUUGCAGACAGAGCAAAGGUUGCAUAACCGUUCCCUCUCUGGACAGUUCUAGCUCAAGUGAAACUGCAUUCUGUUUACCAUCCUUAUCUGGCUGGUACAGAUUACACGGAUAAUCACCUUCUCCCAUUAGGUUUUGUCAGAAACAACAGCAUGGAUAGCAGUAAGAAAUAAUUUGGUACAUAACUGAAAAGUGUUGUUGCCUUUGUUUGUGGUUCCUGGCCUCUGCACCUGUUCUCCUCAGUUCUGGUCACUCUAAAAGAGCUCACGGUAGGUUUUCCUGUGGUCAAAGCAGGAGGCAAUUGGAAGCCAAUGGAUUUGCAGGCUCAGUGCCACUCUGAUUGUCUCUCUUCUUUAUAUCCUAGCUUCAUUUAACAUCUCAACUGUGUCACUGUCAGUAAACACUGUUUGCUAAUUUGCCAGAUGUAGGCUUGAUAGAAACUUAUCACCUCAAAACUGUUUGGUGAAGGCCACGUGUAUGUGGUUCUAGACAAUGUCUGUCUGUCUGUCUCUUUCUCUCUCGACACUUUUUUUCCAUUCCAGAAGGUCAUCUGCAGUAAUGCCACAUACGAUGCUGCACCCACUUUUCUUAUCCUGACAGGACUGCUAUGUGUUUUGCCUUUUGCAUUAGCAGAAUGUUUUGGGGUUUUCCUCCCUCUUCGAUUUGAAGGUUUGUGACGAUUUCUGAUAGGUUAACAAUGAUUAUAUUGUUGGAAAUGUGAUUCUAGCUUUAAGGCUCCCUUUCCCUGUAAGUGGUUGUGUUUGCUUUCUUGAUGAAGCGUUCCUGGAUGAUGUGUAGAAGAGUAUCUGGUGUGGGUGUGCACGUGUGACUCCCUUUUGUGGACCUUCUGUAUGGAUGUGCACUAGUUUAGUGACCGUCUCUGAGUUGCAGAAUGUUUCCCUCAACAUUUCAUAUUCAGAGUUGGAACAAUUCUGGAAUUAUUUGGAUAUGUUUAGCGCAUAUCAGCUUGGGAUAUGGAAAGGGAAGAAUGUAAUGGACUGUGUUAGUUGGGGAAGCAGCAGCUCUUCAGAGAAAUUCUGGGGUUUGAGUGAAGUGUUUUUCCCUAUUUGUUUUCUCAAUGUAAAACAAACAAACAAACAAGUCAUCUUGAUGCAAAAAAUGACCGGUUUUGAUUUGAUGAAUUUCCCUCUCAGCUUCGUCAGUUUAGUGAUACCGAGCAUGCUCACAGCAAUGAUUUCAUUGGUUUAUUCCAGACCUGUGAGUUUUUAGGGUCUGAUCAGAUUAAUUAUUGAGUUCUGUACAUGUUGCACUGGGACAGAAAAGCACUGUCUUUCAGCUUUGACAAAUAUGCAUUUUUUUAAAUUAAACAAAAAGGCAGCAUUAUAACAAAAUAUGCCAAGCUACAAAGGGGUCUGAGAUCGGGUAGUUCUGACAGUUUUUAAGUGAAUUCUGAAUGUGGCUAAAGAGUUAAAACCCUGUGUGUCUGUGUCGUGUAUGCCAGGUGGUAUAGUGGUAGGCAAUUGACUUAGCUGUAAGUGUGUUUAAAAAGUGUAAAAAAUAAACUGCAAAACUCACUUGCACGGAUUGAAGAGUACAGAAAUGACACUUGUGAACGUAACACUGUAGUUUGUAGAUCUUAAGCUGCUAAUUGUUGAGAGAGAUUUACAUUUGUCUUGUCUGAUUGUUGCAGAUUUAUCUGUGACACUUUUACUGUAUAUAAAAAAAAAUUAAAUAAAGACCUCAGCUAUUAACACUGGA